GUUUAGCGGAGCUGCAAAGCAGCUGAAGUUUCACUUCACUUCACAUCUGGUGCCGGCCAUAUUCGUCUUUCUUGCCAUAGAAGGGCAGUGAGAGAAAACCCUGAGGGUCCUAGAUGAGAGACGGACGUGUUAUUGAGGAUCAUCGCCGUCCCUGCUGGGAAAGAGAGAGGGCUCUGAUGUAAAGGUUUUGGGGCUCAUGCUGUGCUGCCAUCUGCUUUGCUCUCUGGACAGACGGGCACUGCCCGACCCCGGAGUCAGAGCCUGGCACUGCCCCUUUCAUCUGAAGCUUCUCCCUCUGCACAACCUGGAAGACACACAACGCUUACAAGGUCCUACACGUGUGGACCAAGGACAGAAGGAAGACGACUUGAGAUAUUCAUAUGGCCAAGAGGGACUGGAGAGCCCCAGACGUCCUCUGCUCUGACUACGCAGCUUUCAAUAAGUGAUUUUGCAAUAGAUUCUGAACCUUCUGAGUCCACCGUCUAUCUCUCACCAGCUUCCUCAGUUUUUAGCAUUGUUAGAUGAUUGGUGUAGCACUAUCAGCAGCUUGUUAUUCCCAAUCCAUCUCCUCCCUCCAGUGGCCAGGCACGUUAUUUAGCAACUACUAUUAUUAUUCUCGACGCAUCCAUCCGCUGUCCCACUGAUCUGAUUAGUCUCAGGUCUGCAGGCCUGGACACGCUGAAAACAGGAAACAAGGACUUGUGUCAUCAAACCAUUUACAGUUCAGCUGUGCUAAUCUCUGAAAAGCAGGGUCCAGUGUUCUGUAACACCUGGACACCAAAGUCCCAUCUGGAUCCAUUUAGCUGGUGUGAGAGAGUGUGUGCAUCAGCUAUCUGUCCCUUGCCGUGUCAUGUUGUCUUCCCUCGUGCCACUCCUGCUGUUCAGAGGACCAGACGUGCUGGGGCUGAAAUAAUCAGACUUGUCAUUUUGUUCUCCUCAAGGACGAGUUGAGGUCCAGAGUGCACGAGACUGUAAAACUCGCAGAAGUUCUCUCUUUCUGUCCAAUCUGGCUGAGCUGCCCAUACUCCCGAGUGUCCAGACAGUGUGCAGGUUCUGCGGGCGAGGCGUGUGGAGGAUGAGCGAUGUUCCCCCACUGGAGUACGAGCCGCUCUCCCCUGCGCUCCCCAGCAGGCCGCCGCUGGUUGCAGACGCUGAACAGAGAACGGCUCUAGCCUUCGUGGGCUUGCUCAUGCUCUUCCUGCUCUUCCUGCUUGUGCGCUGCUUCCGCAUUCUGCUUGAUCCCUACAGCCGCAUGCCGGCCUCGUCCUGGACCGACCACAAAGAGGGCCUGGAGAGGGGCCAGUUCGACUACGCGCUGGUGUAAAACACUGCCCAGCGAUGGUGGACGAGCCGAGAGCCUCUGCCUUCGCUCUCUCUGUGGUCAGCCCUCGACGAUUUCCCACCUCCAUUCUCCUUUCACCGCAUCCUGUAGUGACUCCUCAGGUCUACAAGGUUCCCUUUAGAGCAGUGCUGCUUAAACCAUGAUCCACUUUCCCCUGGCCCAUAAAAUCUGCAGACCAUUCAGAGACAAAAUUAAAUCAGAGUCCGGUACUACGAACUACUACUGUUCCAUCAGUUAUGAAAAACUAAUACAGUUUUGUCAAAUUAUAUUUUUCAGAUUCACUAAUCCAGAAUAAUGUGUUUUUAUUGAGUCAAUAUGAGGGAUUAAUUAUUAGUUGCCAGCAAUUAACACUGUGUAUUAGGCAUAUAUACUGUAUAUAUGCAGUUACAAAGCUGCAGAGAAACAGGACAUUUUGUAAUUUCUUCAUUAUUUGUGUAAGCAGAGUGUUUUGGAGAAUGUAGCAGGAGAAACCAUAGUUAGACCCAUUUUAUUUCAUACAGACGUACAUAUUAUUUAUUCCAUACAUAUAGCUCAGUCAAGAUAAUUAUCUUCAUCUCAGGUCCAUCAUUAGUUUAAGGACAAUAACAUCAGACAUCUUCAUAGUUAUGUCUUUUGAACACGUUCUGCAGUCAUUAAAGUGAGUAGUUUUAAAGUAAGUACUGAACCCAUAUCAGCGCUCUGACAUAUCAAAUUUGGUUGGGCGACACGUUGGUCUAGUGGUUAGCACUGUCGCCUCACAGCAAGAAGGUCCUGGGUUCGAGCCCAGUGGCCGGCGAGGGCCUUUCUGUGUGGAGUUUGCAUGUUCUCCCCGUGUCCGCGUGGGUUUCCUCCGGGUGCUCCGGUUUCCCCCACAGUCCAA